AUGCGCCCCAGUACAUCCUACGAUGCAAACGGUUUCGCAGAGUACGAAUCUGCCCCAGAGGCGAUCGAAACGUGGGAGAAAGUUGCAAUGAUUUUCGCGGGGCCGCUUGCUGCCUUACAGGGCAAGAUUGUGCCGAAGUGUUUUGGGGCUGGGAGUGGGGUUAUGUAUGCUAGUAGAGAAAGGGGUAGGAGGGAUGUUUAUCUUUGGGUCUUGGAGAGGGUUGACGAUGAUGUGGUCGCCAACCGAUACCUUUUUAGAUCACUCCACAACGUCCGUGUACUUCACUACAGACACCUUCUUUGCUACCACGUCAGCCGGCGCGCUGAUGGUAACUUGUGCCUCGUCGACUUUGAAGAAGCAAGAUUCGUUCCACCUGGGGAGGAUGGCGAUGAGGAUUUGGAGAUGGAGAUGCGGGAUUUGGAGAGCACUCUGGGGCUAGAGGGGCGCUAG